GGGACAGGGUAGCUGACUGGAAAGUGUGGAGGUCCCUUCCCAGGUCCACCCCAGCUUGCUGCAAUGACUAUCAGUGUACACUGGGACAACUCUGGGGCCUUUGCUGGGGACACUACACCAGAAGAGAGCCAGGAUGAAGGCUGCUGAGUGCUGCCGUUCCUCCACCCUCUGCAUGGCAGGGACGGGUCCCAAAACAGACUGAUGCCCAUGACUGGCCACUUGGCUCUCAAUGAAGAAGUAUCACUACCAGCCAGGCAAAGUCAUCCCUCCCACAGUGGUAUCUGAAAUUGCAUCCCAUCUGCAGAGGAUAAAUUGACCCACUUCUACCAUCCUGUCUUCAGCAAAAUCUUAGUCUGUGUGAAUUUCCCUGCUCAGAUGUUAAGCUCCUUCAUGGCUAAGACUGUGCUCUCUUUCUGUGAGCCCCCUGCCAUGCUGAGCCUGUGCCGUGGGUACCUCAUGAGUAUUUUCUGGGCCCUUGCCAUGGCCAACCUGUCUACUGAAUCUUUGGAAAACUUUGAGUACGAUGAGUCUGCUGAAGUCUGUUACAUUGGGGACGUUGUGGCCUUUGGGAUUGUCUUCCUGUCCACAUUCUACUCCCUCAUCUUUGCCUUUGGCCUAGUGGGAAAUAUGUUGGUGGUGUUUGCCCUCACCAACAGCAGAAAGCCCAAGAGCAUUACCGACAUUUACCUCCUGAACCUCGCCCUGUCUGAUCUGCUCUUUGUUGCCACCUUGCCCUUCUGGACUCACUAUAUGAUAAGUGAGGAAGGCUUCCACAAUGCUGUGUGCAAACUCACCACUGCCUUCUUCUUCAUUGGCUUUUUUGGAGGCAUAUUCUUCAUCACCAUCAUCAGCAUCGAUCGGUACUUCGCCAUUGUCCUGGCCGCCAACUCCAUGAACAACCGAACUGUGCAACACAGCAUCACCAUCAGCCUCAGCGUCUGGGCGGCAGCCAUUUUCGUGGCAACACCCCAGUUCAUGUUCACAAAGCAAACAGAAAAUGAAUGCCUUGGUGACUACCCUGAGGUCCUUCAGGAAAUCUGGCCUGUGCUCCGUAACGUGGAAGCAAAUUUUCUUGGCUUCCUGCUCCCUCUGCUGAUUAUGAGUUACUGCUACUUCAGAAUCAUCCAGACACUGUUUGCCUGUAAAAACCACAAGAAAGCUAAAGCCAUCAAACUGAUCUUUCUGGUGGUCAUCGUGUUUUUCCUCUUCUGGACACCCUACAAUGUUAUGAUUUUCCUGGAGACACUCAAGCUCUACGACUUCUUUCCCAGUUGUGACACAAGGAGGGAUAUAAAGUUGGCCCUCAGUGUGACUGAGACAGUUGCACUUAGCCACUGUUGUCUCAAUCCCCUCAUCUAUGCAUUUGCUGGAGAGAAGUUCAGAAGAUACCUUUACCACCUGUAUGGGAAAUGCCUGGCUAUCUUCUGUGGCCGUUCAGUCCAUGUCAGUUUCUCCCCAUCUGAAUCACAAAGGAGCAGGCAGGGAAGUGUUCUGAGCAGCAAUUUUACUUACUACACGAGUGAUGGAGAUGGAUCCCUCCUUCUCUGAAUGGAUCCUCAAGGCCUUGUCUCUACAGAGAACCCAAAGUUCCUGAAUCUGACACUGAAUAAUGAGGAUGUGGUUUUUAUUUUGUUGUUUCUUACAUGCAAGAAAUGGUGGGCCCAGUGCCUAGAGUUUUUUGAGAAUUAUGCUCAAAAAUUUGAAUGCUAAAGAGAGACAUAUCUUUUACACCAAAAGUCAGGGCUUUUUUGUUUAUAUUUACAAAUGACCAAAAUUCAAGCCAGAUUAGUUUGGGGGUGGUGGUGGCAAAUAGUGUUCAUACUGUGACAUGGGCAAAGGGGUGGCUGAACCUUCAAGGUGAGUAGAAAGCAAGGCUUGACCCUAGCUAGAAUUUCCUCUCUCUGGCCCUCAAAUCUUUAGUAACAGAUCUCUCGCAUAACAUAGCUUUAUUACCAGAGAAAGACUGAUGCCCAUGACUUGUUGGACCCAAGAUCAAAAUUCAUAGGGAAGGGUUUUUCCAUGCAAGAAAUGGCCAAGUUUGUAUCAGGUGCCCACGCCUAGACCAGAUGGUGGUAUCCAUAGGGAAGGGAUGCCUAAGAAGGCGGUUUCAGUUAAAUCUCACAGUUAGAAGUACAAGAAGACAUAUUUGCAAGAAGUUGGAAGGGUGGGUAUUAUUCUGAUCAGACAGGACAAAAGCUGCACACCAUCCUUACCAUGUUCCUGACCCAGCCUCUCCCCCAAUCACACCAGCCAGCACCCACUGCCAGCCCCCUCAUCAAUAAGCCCACUUCUAUUGUGUCUCCAAAUCUACCAGGGCUCCCCAUUGCCCACUGCAUCAAGUCCAAAUUUAAAUGCUUGGCUUCCGGAACCCUCCAUCAUGAGGCUUCACCAACAAAUCCCUCAUUGUCUCCCUCUUCCCAAGAGACACCAGCCAUCCUAUCAGCCAGGUCUUUUCCAUGUGACCUCAUGUAUCUCUGCCUGCUCUCAGGCCUGGGAGAAAAAUAGAAAAAGCCCUGCCCCAAAGUGAGGAGUGAUGGAUUUCAACCCCAACUCUUUUACUUAUACACUGGGCAGCUUGGGGGCCAACCAACCUUCUACAUCUGUAGAAGGGGGAUAAUGGUACCUUUUACUUAGGGAGCGUCCUUUCUAGCAUGAAAAACCACUAUAAACUCUUCCAGGUCACAACCCUCUUGUCAUGGUUCCUAGACUUCAGCGUUCCCCACACCUGCCACCAUUGUACUGUGCCUAAGUGGAGGCUCUGAUGGAACUUGCAAAUUCUGAGCAACCUGCAAAUUCUGCUGUAUGAUGUAACCUGGACACAGACGUCCUAUUAUGGCACCCAAAGAGCACUCCUAAGUCUACAGAUUGAUGGCUUUCCCUAACCCAGUUCUCCUGGAUUGCUUGGAGUAUUUCCUCCUGAUUGCCUCAUGGCAAACCCCUACUCAUGUGGGGAAAAAAAAAAAAAUCAUUCAUGCUACUGCCAACCAGAGAAGCUAGGGCCAUUGGAGAGGCUUUCUUUUUCAGAAACAUUUGAGAUAACCCACAUACAACUUUAAAGCCUGAAAAACAAUUGCAAUAAUGCUAAAGACAAUGUCAUUCAUAAUCUAACCACAGGAAUAUUAUUAUUCCUGCAUUUACCCAUACAGACUUCGUUUUCACUUUCACUUGUUUAUAGCUGCAAUCAUAAUGUACAGUUCGGUAAUCUGCUUUUUUCUCUCUUAGCAUUAGACCCCAAAUAGCUCCCUGUUUCUUUGUAGUUUUAUUAUCAUUUUAGAAGAUCCUGCCAUAUUGUGUAUUCAUGGAAGGCAGAUGUAAUGUCUGAUUCACGGCUGUAUUUCUGAUACACUCCUGGCCGUCUAUAUAUUUGUUUAAUGAAUGAGUGAAUGAAUCAUUAAUCCUUAAAGAUCAGUUACCAUAAUUUACUCAUCAUUACUCUGUUGAUAAACAUUUAACUUGUUUCAAACAUAUAGCAAAUACAUAUUUUAUAACACUUUCAUCUGCGUGAUUUCUUUCCUCCUGUUCAAUAAUUCCUUGGGACAAAUUCCAUGCAGGUAACUGGGUCAAAGGGCAUAGGAACUUUGUAGCUUUUGAUACAUACAGAUUACAGAACCUUAAUUUAGCAAAUAUUAUAUGCAACCUGAGAGCUCAGAUCAAGAGCUAUUCCAAAGAUGAUGAGACCAGGCUUUUGCCCUCAAUGAUUAAACUUUUAAAUGCAGAACAGGGAAGUGAACCAAUAAGCAUGCUUUGCAUUAAGUGGUCCCACGAACAGUGACUUUUGAUGAGAAUCUGUAGGAGAAAGGAGUUCUCCAGGCAAAGAAGAAGAAGGGCAUUCCAGGCUUAGGGAAUGGCAUGUGUAAAGGAGUGUGCAAGAGCAUGAGGAUCUUGGGAUGAGAGAAAACUUUGUGUGACUGUUGAAAGGCACUGGAAGCAGAGUGAGUGGUAAGAACCUUCUGCAGCUGGGGCUCUGGCUGUGGGUGAGGGCUGAAACCACAAAUGGAGGAGGUGAUUCUCCUCGGGAUGUUCCCAAGGUCGCUUCAUUUUUACCUGCUCCAUAUUCCAAUUAUUGAACCUGGAAACUUCUAAAAGUGUAACCUGUUUCUGGACUUUCAGGAAGCAGGAAAUAAUUCUUUUGGCUUGAGAAAUAAAAAUAGAAAAAUAUUUUCAUUUCUAGAAGAAAACCAAAUUUGUGUCAUCAUAAGCCUAUAGUAAAGUGAUUUUUAAGAGGAUCUCAGGUGUGCCAUGAAA